AGGAAGAUAAUUAUGAUUUAUAUAUAUAAAAAAGCACAUUCCGUCCCAUGACAAACAAAACAACAAAAACAGUGUUUAAGAGUACAGAUCGCACGGUGGAAUUCUUCAAGAGUCAAGACUCGGGCACCAGAGGUAGCAAUUAGCAAAGCAAGAAGCAGAGAAUGAAGGUAUUGGUGACCGGUGCGUCCGGUUACCUCGGCGGAAGACUCUGCGACGCUCUGCUCCGCCGAGGCCAUUCCGUGAGGGCCCUCGUUAGGUCCACCAGCGAUAUCUCCGCUCUUUCUUCGCACAUCGAAAUCUUCUACGGCGACGUCACCGACUACGCCUCUCUCCUCGCCGCAUUCUCCUCCUGCUCCGUCGUCUUCCACCUCGCCGCCCUCGUCGAACCUUGGCUCCCCGACCCCUCCAAAUUCUUCUCCGUUAACGUCGGGGGAUUGAAAAACGUGUUGGCGGCGGUCAAGGAGACUCGCACGGUGGAGAAACUCGUCUAUACGUCGUCGUUUUUCGCUCUAGGACCGACUGAUGAAGGCAUAGCGGAUGAGAAUCAGGUUCAUCAUGAGAAGUUUUUCUGUACGGAGUAUGAGAAAUCGAAGGUAGCUGCCGAUAAGAUUGCGUUGCAAGCUGCGUCGGAGGGUGUGCCGAUAGUGUUGCUGUAUCCCGGAGUAAUCUACGGGCCUGGUAAGGUUACUGCAGGAAACGUUGUUGCGCGAAUGAUAGUGGAACGGUUUAGUGGUAGAUUGCCUGGUUACAUAGGGUAUGGGAGUGACAAGUUUUCGUUCAGCCAUGUGGAGGAUGUGGUGGAGGGGCACAUUGCAGCAAUAGAGAAAGGAGAAGGUGGGAAUAGGUAUCUACUAACGGGGGAAAAUGCGUCGUUCAAUCAUGUUUUUGAUAUGGCUGCUGUGAUUACUAAUACGAAGAGACCAGUGCUUAACAUCCCUUUGUGGCUAAUUGAAGCCUAUGGCUGGCUCUUGGUUUUCUUCGCUAGAAUCACUGGAAAGCUACCUCUCAUCAGUCCACCGAUAAUCCCCAAUUCCUUCUUGGUCUUAUUUUAUGGAGCAGACUGUACAUGUUUUGAGACAUCGGUGGGAGUAUUCGUGCGACAAAGCUAAAAGGGAGCUGGAUUAUAGGCCCAGAAGCCUGAAAGAAGGUCUUGUGGAGGUACUUCUCUGGUUGAAGAACUCGGGCUUGAUAACAUACUCAUGACAACAUCAUUUUCUGUUGUUUUUUGGUCGAUACAUUAUUACUAGUACUUAUCAAGGCUUCACCUAGAGCAAUAUCGAUAAUUUAAAGAAAGAAAAAGAAAACUGUAGUAGAAUAUAAAUAUGUUCUUUUUAUGUACGGAUUUGGUUUGAUGGUCAAAUUAUAGUCAACCUUAAUGAAUCUGGUUAAAUUUAGUUUAACUCAAAUUUAA